ACCCUCUACUUCUUCGUCUUCCUCUUCUUCUUCACGGAGACAAUGGCGGAUUCCACAAGGAUUCAUAUAGCAGGUGAUAGCAGACCUUCAAGCUGUGACAUCCUGGUUGUCUUCAGCUUCCUCUUCCUGACGGUCAACGCUGCCGACGCCGCGUGCCGCUCGCUUAACGAUCCGGCCACGGUGGGGCUGGUCCUCUUCUCCUACGUCGACGUGGUGUGUCUCUUCUGCUGCCUCGCGCGGUUCGAGAAGCUCGGCCCGGACACCCCGCCGGCCAAGAGGAGGAAUCUGAAGGCCGGCAUCUGGGUGCUGGCAACCGCGCUCAGCCUCGCCUUCGCGUGGCGCGUUGCAGAGAUGAUGCCGUGGGCGUUAGUGGUUGCUCUCUGGGGCAUGUCUUUGUCCGUGGCACUCUCUGGCUUUUAUGGCCUCUUCCUCUACUAGCAGCAAAACCAUUGUUAUUAUGCUUGAUGUAGUUGGAUAAUAAUUGGCAUGUA